UGCCCGAGCCUUGGAUCCCCUUUGCCAUAAAUGGUCACCGCAGCGGCAGCGGCAGCAGCAGAGCAGCGGCGCGGGCGGCGCGGCAGUCGAGUGGGGCUGCGCUCCGGGAAGGCGCGUCACUGGGGCGGGGGCCGCCCAGCAGCCAGCCACCGGCCCCGGAGUCCGGGACCCAGUCCGCGCCCGCCCGGGAUGGACGAUCUGGAUGCUCUCCUGGCUGAUCUGGAGACGACAACCUCCCAUAUAUCCAAACGCCCGGUCCUGCUUACCGACUCUGGAGGAGCACACCCCAACGGGCUGAGCCAAGACGGGACCCCAGACCCCAAGCCAAGUCCUCCACCGUACAACAACCCUCAGCAGCAGGCUGGGACCACAGCCAUGCCGGUAGACUCAUUCCCAGCAUCGACCAUGCAGGGCGGAAGUGACAAAGAACACCUGUACAGCACGGUCUGCAAACCUCGCUCGCCCAAGCCCAAGGAAGGGGCCCCUCCGCCCUUCUCCUCCUCCAGCGGGGUGCUGGGAGCGGGACUUUGCGAACUGGACCGGCUCCUGCAGGAACUCAACGCGACCCAGUUCAACAUCACAGAUGAAAUAAUGUCUCAGUUCCCAACCAGCAAAAGCCCAGGUGGAGACAAGGGCAAAGACAGGCCGGAAGAAUCUAUAGAUGGCAGCUCCAUUUCCCGGUCAGCAGCUCCUCCGCCUGCAAAGCCAUCGGCUACGUCUGCCACCUUGGAGCUGGACAAGCUGAUGGCCUCCUUGUCAGAUUUCCGGGUCCAGAGCAAUCUCCCAGGAGCCUCCACCUCCACCACUGUGUCGCCCCCUCCAGCUCCUGCCCGAGUCUCCUCAGCGCAGCUGCCAGUGGUCUCAUCCGUCUGCCCCAGCCCCGCUGCUGCGCCCCCACAGACGUCCCCAGCGCAGCCCAGCGGGAACCUGGACAGCAUGCUUGUGAUGCUGGAGUCGGAUCUCAGCCGCCAAGGGAUCUCCACCACUGCCAAGGGGCUGUGCGCCUCCUGCCAGAAACCCAUCGCAGGGCAGGUGGUCACAGCACUGGGAAGUACCUGGCACCCCGAGCAUUUCGUGUGUAGCCACUGCCAGAAGGAGAUGGGGGGCAGCAACUUCUUUGAGAAGGAUGGCGCCCCUUACUGCGAGAGGGACUACUUCCAGCUCUUUUCGCCCCGCUGUGGACUCUGCAAUGAACCCAUCCUGGACAAAAUGGUGACCGCAUUGGAUAAGAACUGGCACCCAGAGCACUUCUGCUGCGUCAAGUGUGGGCGGCCCUUUGGGGAGGAAGGCUUCCAUGAGAAGGAUGGGAAGCAGUAUUGCCGCCAGGACUUCUAUGAGCUCUUCUCCACCCGCUGCCAGGGCUGCAGCCAGGCCAUCUUGGAGAACUACAUCUCGGCCCUGAAUGCCUUGUGGCACCCAGAAUGCUUUGUUUGCAGGGAGUGCUACACGCCAUUUGUGAACGGGAGCUUCUUUGAGCACUCUGGCCGCCCGUUCUGUGAGAUCCACUACCACAAGCAGCGCGGCUCGCUCUGUUCGGGCUGCGAGAAGCCCAUCACCGGCCGCUGCAUCACGGCCAUGGCCCGCAAGUUCCACCCCGAGCAUUUUGUCUGCGCCUUCUGCCUCAAGCAGCUCAACAAGGGCACCUUCAAGGAGCAGAACGACAAGCCCUACUGCCACCCUUGCUUCAUCAAGCUCUUUGGGUGACGAGGAGGGCGCCACGGCCGCGCCAUGCCCGCUACCAGCAUGGGAAAGGGGAAGGCCCACCAAUCCCAGCCUUUGACCGAGCCACGCCCACUGCCACGCAUGGGAGAGGCCUGUGCCUUAUGGGUUCCACCCCGGCGGAGCCACCACACGAUUGCCAAAGCCACGCCUCUAGCCAAAGGCGAGAAGCUGGACAUGUCCGCUUCUCCCACUCUACUCAGGAGCCAAUCCCAUCGCAGCCAUGAGCAGCCAAUCAUUGGCCCUCACCCCCCCAUCACAUGCUACUUUAAGCCACACCAACACAGCGCCAGCGCUUCAGACAGGAGGCAGUGCCUUAAGCCGCAACUCACACAAGACUAGCUGGCGAUGUCAUCCAGGUAGAAGGCGGGGCCAUAAAGAAGCCACACCCCUCCGCUCCCUGUGAAGUCUGCUACCGCAAUGCCGUCCGGUAGUGUGUCAGAAACAAAGCGCCUGAAACCCAUCUCCUUACUCUCAAGCCAUAAAAGCCGUUCAGGUUGGGGAGGGGGGGAAUCCUUUACUUCCAGGUCGUUUGGUAUCUUUUCCCGCUUUUGCCUUUGGGUUCAAGGUGAAGGGCUAUUUCACUUCAGGGCUGCCCUAAAGCACUUACGAUUGUGAUCAGGUAUGAUCUAAAACGGUUCAACUACAAGAGGGGAGAGGCAGCAGUAACUCUGUGGCCCAUCCUUCGGUGGCAGAGAUUUUGGGGCGAGUUUACGUGUAAACAGCUUUGAUACCACCCCAAGGGUUAUAUCUGUGAGCUGUCAGUGGGAUUUGGGAAGAUGCCGCUCUCCCUUAGGGACCCAUAGUCCUAUGGAGGUUAGUGGUAUGGCAAGAGUGAAGCCUCCCUAAUGUAAUGACCGGCUGGUGUUGAGGAAAAGAAGUGGCAUCCCACCCCCCUCCCUUUGCAUGUUGCAGUUUUUAAAAAAGUCCUGGAUUGCAAAUAAUUAAAACACACUUGGUUUGGGUUUUAAAGAAUCAAGGAGGAAAGUGCCUGAGCUUGCAGUUUUACUUUAUCAGGGUCAUUUAAAAAAAAAAAUCUUACGGUGUAAACCCAAAUUGAGGCUUUUAUUAUGAUAGAACUUGGGUCGGGAGUCCAAGGAGCAUGUGGUUUUCCUUCUGCCGCCAACUUUUUACCCUCACACUGCUGUAUAUUAUAUAAUAAAAUUCACGUAUAUUAAAAAAAGAAGAAUCCAGACAGUUGUCGUGUGUGGUGGAGACCUGCGCUAAGAGUCUAUUUGGAUCUUUUGCAUGUGUCCGGUGUAAUAAUAUUCAAGUAAAUCAAAAAAAUUUGUUUGUUUAAGCAGUGGCUUCCUAAUUGCGUCUCAAGUUCAUACAGUAAGCUGAAAUCAACAAGGCUGAAACUGGUUCAGCUAAAAAGUGGACUUGCAAGGAAGUGUGGUAGAUAUUGGAAAACUUUGCACUCCAAAAUAAACUCUUGUCCUCCUCCCCAAUAACAUGAAAAUAUUAUCAGGAUGCUUUUCUUUAGGAGAGAGGUUAUCAGUCCGUUUAGGUCCAUGGGCAUCAUCCCCUCCGGCCACUUCUCUAUCCCCACCCCUGACAACACACUUUUUGCUUUUCUGAGGGAGCUGGGUAACAGCCGAAUCCAGGAGAAAUAACCUAAGCCUCGAGAAGCACAGUGCUGACAGAGGAAGUGGGCAAAGAGUGGCAUUCUUUUGACUUCCUCCUUCAGCUCUAUGCCCUUUUCAAGCGAUUCCUGACCGCCUUUACCACAAAAAGAGCAAUAGGGCGAAGACCUCAAGGGCACCUUAUUUUGGAGGGAAGAUCUUCAGAGCUUCUACGCUGGUUGGUCCUCUCCCCACACAAAGAGCACAGCUUCCUCUCUUUGUGGUUUGACACCAAGGCGCAAAAUCAGCCCUGAGGAAAGUUUUUGUCCCCAUCACCUCUCCUUCCAAAGUUUCAUAUAACUCAUCAUGGGCUUGAGGGCAUCCUGAGCAAGUUUGC